ACAGUCCGGACAGCCUGGGGAAAGAAGCUCUUCCUGAGUCUGUGUUUGCCUUGAUGUAUCGAAGGUGCCUGCCAGAGGGUAGCCACGUAAACAGUCCGUUACCUGAGUGGUGGGGAUCACUCAUGAUCCUGUUUGCCCUGGCUGUGCUCCUCCUUGUGAAGAUGUCCUGGAGGGUGGGGAGUGUUGUACCCAUGGUACGCUCUGCUGACUUCAGCACCCUCUGCAGGGCUCUUCGGUCACGCACAGUGUUGUUCCCGUACCACUGGGUGAUGUUUCCAGGCAGCACACUCUCCACCGCUCCGGAAUAAAAUGUCUUCAGGACCUUCAUAGAGACUUCGAAUUUCCUCACCUGACUGUCUAUGUGGGUUGUCCAUGUUAAAUCCUCAGAGAUGUGCACCCCCAGGUACUUGAAGCUGCACACCCUGUCCACCAACGUCCAUGAAUAAAGAGUGAAUUCUUCAACAGUAGCCCAGGAAGGUCUAUUAGGCGUAGGCCAUAACAUUUCCCGGGUCUAUCAUAACGGCCCGCCUGUAGGCUACCUCUGCAGCAUACCAAGCACAGUCGUACUUCACCGCUGCUUGAAAGGAGCAUGGGACCCUCUGGACACAUCUCCUCGGUACUGCUGGUUGCCUUUCUGCUGGGGCUUCAUCACUCCUCAGGUUUCUGGAUCCUGAAUGUUGUAUUCCCUCCAAACGCUAAGCCAGAGAUACAAACUAACAGCACUCCACCACUCAUUAUUGUGCCAGGAAACUUGGGGAACCGCCUGGAAGCUAAGAUAGACAAGCCAACAUUGGUCCACUGGAUGUGCUACAAGAAAACGGAUAACUGGUUCCCCCUGUGGAUCGACCUCAACAUGUUCAUGCCUAUAGGUGUAGACUGCUGGAUUGAUAAUAUUAGACUUGUAUACAACAGGACGACUAGGAGGUCAUCAAACUCACCAGGGGUGCAGGUUCGGGUGCCAGGAUUUGGGCAGACAUAUCCCAUCGAGUUUCUUGACUCCAACAAACUGGCUGGUUAUUUUCACACUAUGAUGCAACAUUUGGUGCAGGUGGGCUACAUCCAAAAUGAAACAGUCCGAGGAGCACCGUAUGAUUGGAGGUUAGCUCCAAAUGAGAAUGCAGAUUAUUUUACAAAGCUGCAGGAGCUGGUUGAAGAUAUGUUCAACCAACAUGGGAAGCGUGUUUACCUGCUUGCACACAGCAUGGGCUGCCACUAUGUCCUUUACUUCCUCAACCACCAGCCCUCAACCUGGAAAGACAAAUACAUCAGGGGCUUCAUUUCUCUUGGGGCUCCUUGGGGGGGUGCUGUUAAGACACUAAGAGUCCUGGCAUCAGGUGAAAAUGAUGGCAUUCCAAUGAUUUCCAACAUCAAGAUCCGGGAGGAGCAGAGGAUGACAACAACUAAUCCCUGGAUGCUGCCAUCUCAAGAAUUCUGGCCAAAAGACCAUGUGUUUAUUUCCACUCCAACCUUUAACUACACCAACCAGGACUACAAGCGCCUCUUCACAGACAUCAAUUAUGAGGAUGGCUGGUACAUGUGGGAGGACACCAAGAAUCUUACCAGUGAUCUACUCGCACCAGGUGUCGAGGUGUGGUGUAUGUAUGGCGUAGGAAUUCCAACUCCGAUAACAUACAUAUACAAUGAGGAUUUUCCCAAUGAGGACCCGGUGGACUUCGUUUAUGCCGAUGGAGAUGAUACUGUGGACAGCUUUAGUAUGGGUCUUUGCAAACGAUGGGCGGGGCAGCAGGAGAAGCCCGUCCAUGUUACAGAGUACCGAGGGCUGGCCCACUUGGAUAUUGUGUUUGACGAAAAGGUUCUCAACCAAAUCCAGAACAUCUUGGAGGGCAAAGCCGAUGUGCCAAAAAGUAUUGAUGUCAGAUCUGGAGACAACUAGUACUAGAUAAUACCUUAUGAACCUCUAAAGUCUAUUGAUAAGCAGCUUUUACAUAGUUAUAUAGUUAUAUACAUAGAACUAUAACCAAUUUUAGUUCCUCGAACCCAGUUUAGAGGAACCUUUUUAGCUCCUGCUUCAGAGUAGGUACCAUGGCAGUGUGAAUGCAGACAGAAAAAAAGUUCCCAUGGUGUGUAGUUCUCCGGGAACUCCCAGUGGAUAGUUCCUCAUCAAAAAAUCCUCAGAACAGUUUGGUCUAAAAACAGUAUUAGAUUAUGUUCUAUUGGUAGUUGGCUUGUUACUAUUGUGAAUAAAGUCUAUUUUAUUGAGAAUGAUAUAAAUGUAGUGUUUUCAUUAGACUGUAAUUAUUGUUAAAUAUCUGUAGGGAAUAAAACUUUUUGAAAAUG